GGCCGACUUGACAAGCAGCCAAUCAGGGUGCUGAGCGCGGUCACGUGACUCGGGCAGAGCGCUUCCUGCGGCGGUGCUAAACAGACUGGCCAUUUCAGCAACGGACAAUUACACUUAUCGGUGGUGGAAGCAGAAGUCCCAGCAAUGGCCUCAGCUCCAGCUCCUAUACCGGGUUACAGCUCCAGCUCUCUGGAGAACAGCUCCAGUCCAAACGAAUCCAGGGAGAGUCUGAAGAUGGAGCCACUCGCAGAUGUUGCCUUACUGCCAGGAGAGGAGAGAGUGAUAGACAAAGACCUCAUCUACAUGUGCCCGUUCAAUGGAGCGCUCAAAGGGAAAGUGUUCAUCACCAAUUACAGACUGUACUUCAAGAGCACUGACGCGGAAGUCACGGUUGCACUGGAUGUCCCGCUUGGUGUCAUCAGCAGGAUAGAGAAGAUGGGCGGAGCCUCCAGCCGAGGGGAGAAUUCUUAUGGGCUGGACAUCACCUGCAAGGACAUGAGGAACUUGAGGUUUGCUCUGAAGCAAGAGGGUCACAGUCGACGAGACAUUUUCGGGGAGCUCUUUAAAUACGCAUUCCCUCUCUCUCACGGACUGCCACUCUUUUCAUAUUUGAGUCAAGAGAAAUUUGACGAGAACGGCUGGGAAGUUUACAAAGCCCUGGAUGAAUACAGACGUCAGGGUCUGCCUAACGAUAGGUGGAGGAUUUCUUUUAUCAACUCUAACUAUGAUCUGUGCGACACUUAUCCCACUAUCCUUGUUGUCCCGUUCCAAACCACGGACGAGGAUCUGCGGCGAGUGGCCACGUUCCGCUCCCGCUGUCGUAUACCGGUGCUGUCAUGGAUCCACAGGGAGAAGCAGGCGGUGAUAAUGCGCUGUAGUCAGCCCCUGGUAGGAAUGAGCGGCAAGCGCAAUAAAGACGACGAACGCUACCUCGACAUCAUCCGGGAGACCAACAACACGCCCAAACUCACCAUCUAUGAUGCCAGGCCGAACGUUAAUGCUGUGGCCAAUAAGGCCACAGGAGGAGGUUAUGAGGGUGAAGAUGCCUACCAGAAUGCAGAACUGGUCUUCCUCGACAUCCACAACAUUCACGUGAUGAGAGAGUCACUAAAGAAGCUCAAGGACAUUGUUUACCCCAAUGUUGAGGAGUCCCACUGGCUGUCCAGCCUGGAGUCCACUCACUGGCUGGAGCACAUAAAGCUGGUGCUGUCAGGAGCGAUUCAGGUAGCAGAUAAAGUGUGUUCGGGCAGCUCGGUGGUGGUGCACUGCAGUGACGGCUGGGACCGCACUGCUCAGCUCACCUCUCUGGCCAUGCUGAUGCUAGACUCACACUACCGCUCAUUCAGGGGCUUCCAGGUGCUGAUCGAGAAGGAAUGGAUCAGCUUCGGACACAAGUUUGCCUCGAGAAUCGGCCACGGAGACAAAAAUCAUGCGGAUCAGGACAGGUCGCCUAUAUUCUUACAGUUCAUAGACUGUGUGUGGCAGAUGACCAAACAAUUCCCAACAGCCUUUGAGUUCAACGAGCAUUUUCUCAUAACGAUCCUGGAUCACUUGUACAGCUGUCGCUUUGGCACGUUCCUCUACAACUGCGAGAGUGUCCGUGAAAACCUUAAAGUCAGGCAAAAGACGGUGUCCCUGUGGUCUGUGAUAAACAGUGACAUGUCGUCUUAUGUGAACCCGUUUUACACACACGAGGCCAGCCGUGUGCUUUACCCUGUAGCCAGCAUGCGCCACCUAGAGCUCUGGGUGAAUUACUACAUCCGCUGGAACCCUCGCAUACGCCACCAGCAAAGCCCGGUUGAACAGCGCUACAAGGAGCUCCUAGCACUCCGUGAUCAAUACCUGAAGAAAUUGGAGGAACUGCAGCUGUCUGACUCCACUCCUUCCUCCACCCACCUGACUAACAGCUCCACCCCGAACGCUGCCUCUCCCAAUCAGCACCUCACGCACCUGCAGACGCCCUUCUGAUGUCACAGACACACCCACUCAACACGCAGGACGUUUUGUACAUAGCAAUAGUAAUAAUUAUAACGCUGUUAGUAGUGAUGUCAGUGAUAACCAGUAACAGAAAAAUAUGCGAUUAUGCAAUAAUGUCACAGCAUGGCCUUCAUAGCGCAAAAGUCAGUCAGGGGGGAGCAAGAAGCCUUAAUGACGCAGCGGUGUGUUUUUGUUUGUUUUUUUUUGUGUGUGUGUGUGUGUUGCUGGUAAAAGCUCUUCCUGAAUUGUAAAUACGGUGAAGUUAAGUUCAUGAAGGAUCAAAAUUAAGAAUGUGAUGUAUGCUGGAGUUGUCAGUUUGACACAAGGCCUUAAGUGUGUGAGGCAGAGUUGGGAAAAGUGUGGUGACGCUCGACAGGGUAUGAGUAUGAGCUAGCUUUAUUACUGAAAGAGUUUUGUACGGUUAAUUUCUCAUUGGCAUAACUUCCUGGGAAAUGGAUUAAGGUUCAGGAAGAGCUGUUUACGUUUGCAUGUCUGAUUUCCGCUCAGUCCGGUAUCAUCCAGAGAUUGUGAUUUGUCUGUGUCAUAGACUUGGUCGAAUUUGUGACUUAAACUCAAGGUGUUUGAGGGCAUAGCAUUCGUCUUGAGUUAGAUAAGACGUGCGUGCGCUAUUUCAACAUUUCAAGCAUCCAGGGUAUUGUUUGCUCAAAAUUUGACUCAUGCAGACUGGGAGGAAAAUGUCCUAAAAUGCUUUGGAUGCGCUUAUAAUACAGAACCCGGGUUUUGGGGCUACAAAGACCAGUUCUGUGCCUUUUCUAUCUGAGGUGCUCUGCAACCUCACAUAGACAUUUUAUAAGCAAAACGAUUGUUUUUCUGCAGGCGGCAUCGGUGGCAAUGAAGGAGAAAUUUCUUCUGCCUUCCAUUUCUGAUCUACAGGGUCACUCUCCAGUCCAGCGCCAGUGGCUUUGGGUUAAGAUUUAAGAUACAUAAAGUACACUGAGUCUUCAACUCACAUUCAGGUUACUUAAUAUGGACAGAAGCUGCAUGGUCCUUUAGAGCUGAAACUAAAGCUAGUGAUUUGGGAGAAGCUGCCCUCUUGAGCUGUUCUAGUGUCAGUACUAUCAGACGCAAAAACCUGGCAUUAAGACUGAACACGUUUAGGAGCAGCUCAUCAGGGCACCUGGGUGCCAAAACUAAUGCUGCCUCAGAAGAGCUGACCUAUUGAAGUCUUUGGCCUCAAUGAGGAGAUGAAGUUUAAACCAUAUUGUAAGAAGAAUAAGAAAAAAACACGAAACACUUUGCUGUUAGUUGUGUUUUUUGGGGGGAGAAUCUAUUUUUUAUUUUGUACAAGCACCAUAAUGAUGUAAUUACCUCAACAAAAGCCUAUUUUACUGUUGAAACUUUGUUGUAAAAUAUAAUUAUUUUAUUCAGUGUAAAAUUUGACAGUUUUAUAAAAAGGAGAGUAAUAAGAAAAACCUGUUUUGAUUGAGCUGUUGCUAAUUAGUGGACUUCAUAUUUCUUUGCUGGGCAUUUAGAUUUUCUUUAUACCAUUUUUAGAGAUGUGAGAAAAAUGUCAGAAUUGUGUUCAACUAUAGGGAUGUUUCAUUCUCCAUCCAUUUGCUGUGAGUGUAAAACUGAGUGAAGGAGUGUAUGUUGUUUCUUUCUUUCUUGUGGCAAUGGGGAUAUUAUCUGACAUGUUUGUCUUUUUUUUGGGGGGGAUCCAUCUUUUGUUUCUGUUCUCUCCCAUGUAUACUCCACUGUUUGAUGACCGCCUCUUGUUCUGUAAAUAAUGCUGAUUAAAUUAAUUUAAAGAUUUUUACACGUCUAAA